GAUCCACCCGUCGUCUGCUCAAUAUUGUUUUCGGUUUGUCUGUAAACGCCUCUUACUGUCGCCGAUGGCGAAGUCAAAAGAAGAAAUGUUGGAAGGAAUUUUGAUCCUAUGAUCGGAACUCCUCUACGUUGAAUGAUGGCUGAUCAGUGGACGAGGUUUUUUAGUGUUACGAAUCCCCGGCGACAUACCAAAGGAUUCACUGUGUACAAAGUCACUUCUACGGUUUACCCUCGAAACUGUCCUGAAGCCAAAACCGAAGUUGUCGUCUGGAAACGUUUUAAAGAAUUUCAGAAGCUUUACAAAGAAUUGAAGUCUCGUCAUGAGAAAUUAUAUCUUAAAGAUGAGUUUCCUCCAUUUAGUAAGCCCUGCCUCUUUGGAAGGUUUGAAAUGGAUGUUAUUGAAGACCGACGUCUCGCAGCACAAACCUUACUUGACUUUGUUGCAAAAUAUCCACCUCUUUUUACAAGCCAGUCAUGUGUCAAAUUUUUUGAGCUUAGUCAAAAUGAAACACUAUCAGGAGAAAUCCAAAGUUGCAGUCAUGAAAAUCAGUUGCCAUUACCAUCACCCUUGGUACCAAGUGCUUUGAGAGAAAGUGAUAAUGCCUUGUCUCGGAGUUCAAGUCGCUCUACCUUAACAGAUUCUGAUUCUGUGAACAGCAUUAUUGGCUCCCCUUCCAUGGAUGAAUCAUCCAGAGCAAGAAGUGACAGUGGUCAUGGUAAGGAUCACUCCUUGCCUAUUAUGACACCUCAUCAAGAUGAACAGAGCCAAGUAUCUUUAGAUAAUACAAGAGAGCCCCAACUAAUUCAGAUAGUGGAAGGAACUAAUAGUCUAAUCCUUGGUCGUUGUGCUAGCAUUAACGAAGCUCCUAAGGCAGAAGUACCUCACCUUGAAAGUGGGCAGGGAGAGUGUAGUGAAUCUCAGUCCUGCCCAGAAACAUCCUUAAGUUGUAAAUUAACAUCUCAAGAACCUAAAGAUGCCGAAAUAGAGGCACGCCAGAAUGAGACUUCUUCAGAGCUAUUGAUGAUGGACUACAUUACCCAUGCAGGAUACCAUAUAAGCCAGGCUGUACAACACGAAUCAAAUUCGAAUUUUGAACUUGCCUUUUCUUCAUACAAAGCUGCUAUAUCAUGCCUUUUAAAUGGUGUUGAAGAUGACUCCUCGGAUGAAAUGAAAUCACUUGUCCAAAGGAAGACAUCCCAAUAUCUGAUUAGAGCUGAGCAGAUUUAUCAUACUCAUCUUGACCGAAGUCACAAUACAACUAGAACUAUACCUGAAACAACUGACAUACCCCAAAUUCAGGAGACGGAUGCUAGUAAAAACUUUAAGUCACUUGAAGCUCCAGUCGGAGACUUAAAGUUGUACAAAGUCCUUGGUGUUGUCUCAUCAGUAAUUUUAGCAUUGAACGUAAGCAACAAUACUCCUUACAUUAUUAAGGUUCUUCAUAAAUCCUCAUUCCCAGUUGACCGAAGGACUAAAUCUAGUGUACCUCGUAAUGUUCCCUUUAUGUGCCGCUUGCAUAAUUUCAUGGAAAAUGAAAGAGCUGUCUUUUUAAUAUUAGAACAAGCUAGAGGGGGUUGUUUGUGGGAUCAUAUUACCCCAUACUUCGAAGCCCGUCACAACCCUGAAAGUUCAAGACACGAUUUUGCUUAUUUCCUAAAUGGGUGUGCUGCAGAGAACACUCAAGAAAAUCGAUGCUCUGCUGUAUUGCAUGGAGAAAAGCUUCCUGAGAAACCUGUCAGUGAUAAAUUGUGUGAUCAGCACUUAGGGAUUGCUUUGAAUCAGGCAACCAAUGGUUUAAUAACUACUGAGGACGGAAAUAUGGAGCCAAUAAACCAUGGAGUUAUCCCAGAUGUUAUCAUACAGGAAAUGGCAUCAUGUUCUGAGGAUACAAUUCUCGAUCAAAGUCAUGAUGCACCUGAUGUGCUACAGACCAAAUAUUCAACUCCUAUUCCAGUAGAAACUACUGUGAGCUCAGAGACUUCGGAUAUCCUGAAGAAUUCUCAGAAUUUGUUGAACUCUGUGAACAGUACUUUGUCUAAAAGUGAAGAGGCAACCAAAGCUCUGCUGCACUCCACAAUUCUCACUUUGGAUAAUACUUUCAGUGAUUCAGAUCGGGAAAGAAAUCAAGUCAGUUGUCACAAGAGUAAAAUUGAUGUAGAACAUAGUUCUUUGAGAAACUCUAGUCCCAAAUUAACAAGCAAUCGUAGAAUACCCUCAAGCUCCAGAGAGAAUAAUAGGUCAGCCAGCAGAGAACGGCGACCAUCUACUUCCCGUCAUUCCCGAAGUCGGAUUCGUUUCAGCUGUGAUGACAUGUUUGAAGGAAGAGCGAGAGCUUUAUCUAAGAGCCUUGACAGAGAGGCUUUACAUAGAGUAGAUUCUGGUGUGGAACAAGGUACUUGUCAAGGCCUGCCUACCGAUACAGUCAGACUGUGGGCAGCUCAACUUAUUCUAGCCUUGGAUGCGCUCCAUCACUGGGGAGUCAUAAUAGGGGACUUGCGGCCUGAUAAUUUGCUUCUUGGAGAGGGUCUCAACUUAGUUCUGACUUACCAAUGUGAAUGGGUUUGUGUUGAUCGAGUUGUCCAUCCUGAAGCAGUUGAACAGUUGUAUGCAGCUCCUGAGAUGAGCAGUAUUCAAGCAAAAACCACUGCAGCUGAUUGGUGGAGUUACGGAGCCAUUUUAUUUUGCCUUCUUUCAGGAGAAACACUGCACAGUUGUCACCCUGGCGGAUUCCACAGUUAUUCUACUCUGCACAUUCCCAAUUCUGUGUGUGAAGAAGGAGCAAACCUUCUGCGUCAGCUGCUUCAAUUUGAUGCACAGAAACGGUUGGGUGUGGGUCCUCAUGGUAUAGCCAGGCUCAGGUCUCACCCAUUUUUCAAAGACAUUGAGUGGAAUAAAGUACUUCUAAUGUCAGCAGCACUGUAGAAACAGCCCAGUAAGUGAAUUAAGUAACCGUCCAGUCCUCUGAUUGUAAGGAAACAACACACAGUAGUAUUAGUUAAGGUACUGUAUGUUAUGUUAUAUAUACAGAAUAUAAGUGUAUAUUGAUUCCAACCAUUAACUAUGUAAAAAUACAAUUUUACUAUUUUCAAAAAUAUUUUUCACUGCUCAAAAAUAUUUGAAAAUUAAGUAAGAACGCUUUUGAUUUAGCAUACUUAUGUUAACAGGGAAAGAUCAUUGUCGACAAAGGUCAGACCUUCGCCAACUGAAACUUGUAUCCGAUGAGUGACAAAAAAUAAAAGUGGACAUUUGCCAUUC